ACUUAACAUGUACAUUAAUGUGUAUUGUUAUAUUCACAAACCUAACAGCAUAUUGUUUGUAACAUCUGUAUAUUGAUUAAGACUUUUCUAGAUUUACCGCUCGUACUUUCUACGAAUUUUCAUACAUUAAAUCUUUAAUCAAAUCGGAUUUGUUCAAUUUGUUGAAAGUUGAAACAUUGCGUUUACGUGACAAUCAGUGGAAAAGUUUUGUGACGUUGCAUUAGAUUUAUUUUUUCAUAUAAAGAAAGUUUGGACGUGUAAAAGUGGCUUAUUAUGAAGUGACAAAAAAGACAGUUUAUCCGUUUAAACUGAAACUAACGAAUUCAUUAGUUUGUUUAUGCUUAUAGUAAUACUACAAACAGUGUUGAUAUUUCAAGUGCAUUGAUUCAAUAAUUCGCUUGGACUAUUCGAAAUAACAAACGGAAAGUUGUAUAUUUUAUACCUAUACUUAGAUAAGCAUACUAAAUGGAAAUGUACUUUUUUACAUUAUUUUAUAUACUAUUCACAUAUGUACGUUGUGAACUAUUUACAUCGCUUGCCACUAUGGAACAUGGUUUAAAGGCAGAACAAAAUAUGGCUGAUAAAAUCAGAGAAUAUAUUACCAAAGAAAAAGAAAGACUGCAGACAUUAGACAGAUUAGCCGAUUCCUUUGACGAACACAGCCGGCAAGGUUUAAAGAAUCCAAAUGCUUACCUUGGAAAUCCUAUAAAUGCAUUUUUAUUUGUUAAAAAGUUUACAAUUGAUUGGGAAAAAAACGUUGAGGAGUCAAUAAAACAUAAACAGACACAAGUUACAACAGAAUUUAAUACUCAGCUAGAUAGAUUGCGGAUAAAAUUGCCAGAUGAAGAAGAUCUUACUGGAUCCGUUCAAGCUAUACUACGAUUACAAGACAUGUAUGAUAUUCCUGCUAAACAGAUAGCAGAGGGAUCUAUAGGCGGCUUAAAUACUGGAGAACUAAAUGCUGAUGCUUGUUUUGAAUUGGGAAGGAUUGCAUACGAAGACGGCGACUAUUACCACGGUUUCCAUUGGAUGGCAAUAGCAAAAGAGCGACUUGACAAAGAAACAAAUAAAACGACAGACAUGACAGAAAUUUUAGAUUAUAUGGCAUGGACUGCACAUGAGCUAGGUAACGACAAACUUGCUCUGGAACUGACGGAAGAAUUAUUAAAUUUAGUUCCAGAUCAUGUACGAGCACAGAACAACAAAAUUGAUUUUAUGGAGAAAGUCAAGAAAGCAUCCAACGUCACGACGUCCCGUGUGACACGUGACUUGACUAAUACAACUCACUAUGUACCAAAACCAACACCAGAGUACAACAGCACUCCAGAAUUGCAAUCCUAUAAGCGCCUAUGUAAAGGAUUGGAUGUAAAGCCUCGAGAGAAGAUGAGCCAAGUAGUGUGUAGAUAUCGACACAACAAUAACCCAAGACUACUGUUGUCACCUGUGAAGGAAGAAGAGGUUUACCGGGAUGCUAACAUGGUCCUGUUUCAUGACAUAGCUUCAGAUAAAGAAAUGAAAAUUAUCAGAUCUUUAGCUAUACCAAAGUUAUUUAGAGCAACCGUCCACGAUCCGACGACAGGAAAACUGAUUCAUGCAAAAUACAGAAUAACAAAAACGGCAUGGUUAGAUGAUCGCGACCAUUUAGUCGUUGAUAGAGUACAAAAUAGAAUAAAAGCUGUUACAGGUCUUGAUUUAGAUUCAGCGGACGCAUUACAGGUUGCUAAUUAUGGUAUUGGUGGUCAUUACGAUCCUCAUUAUGACUUUUCAACAAGAGACGAUGACGACACAUCUGAGACGGAGAAAAGAGACGGAAACAGAAUAGCUACUUUUCUUUUGUAUAUGACAGACGUUGAUGCAGGUGGUGCUACUGUUUUUCCAAUAAUAGAUGUACGAGUACUCCCUAAAAAGGGAACAGCAGUAUUUUGGUACAACCUUAGGAGAAGUGGUAAAGGUAUCAUGGAAACAAGACAUGCUGCCUGUCCUGUUUUGGUUGGUACUAAGUGGGUGUCCAAUAAAUGGAUCCGUACACGAGGACAAGAAUUUAGAAGACCGUGUGGACUUACUGAAGAUGAAUAAACGAUGUAUCAAGUUUCAAUUGUAUUCUGUUUUUACAUCAAAUGUUACAAAAUUUGUAAAAUUCGUAUUUUCAUUAGUUGGUGUAUGAAUUUUUUUUUAUAACAAUCAUGUUUAUUCACCAAUGUUACAUAACACAUUUAAAUCCAAUUGCAUAAUGCAAUCCGGUGAACAAAUGUAACAUAAACAAAUUGAAAUGCAUCUUUAAAGUAUUGUUAGAGGUGUUAUUAAAAAUGGAAAAAUAAUGUUAUACAAAAAGUAGACAUAAUAUUUUAUCCUGAUCUCAGUUUUAAAUGUGCAAUAAA